AUGGCAAAUGAUAUAUUACAGGUCAAAUGUGAUAUAUGUGCAGAUAUAGCCCAUGAACCUUACAUAGAAUGUUGUGAAUGUGAUUUUAGUUUAUGUUGUUCAUGUUUCGCAUCAGGAAGGGAGAAAGGCGACCACAAAAAUUAUCACAAGUAUGCGUUACGGAGAAAUGAUUUUCCGCUUUUCGAAAAUUGUAAUUGGUCUGCUAAAGAAGAAUGUAAGCUUUUGUCAGCUUUAUCCACAUUUGGCUAUGGAAAUUGGGAAGAUAUAUCGAAAACUGUCCACACGCGUACGAAACUUGAGUGCCAAGAGCAUUACAAAAAAUAUUAUAUAGAGAAAGUACAAUAUGAUGAGCUAAAGUUGAUUCCUGAAACUGAUCAGUCUUUAUUUCCGAAACCUUUGACACCAUAUUUAUAUAACACAGAAUUAAGUAUAAACCCACCGAGAAAUAAUCAGUCAGAUCAACAAUUAGCAGGUUAUAGUGCUUAUAGAUCUGAGUUUGAACUGAGCUAUGAUCACAACGCUGAGAGUAUAUUUAAUAUUGAAGAUAAUUAUUCAGAUGAUGAAGACGAUGAAUGUAUGGAUGCAUUAAAAAUUAGUUUAGUCAAUGCACUCAAUACAAGAUUAAGGGAGAGGCGGCGUAGAUACAAAGUUAUACAGAAUCAUGGUCUUAUCAUGGUAAAUAAACUUAUUUCAUGGUUACAAAGGUUUGAUAUGACAUUAUCAAGAUCAAAGUCAGAAAGAUUACUGACAUUUAUGCAAUUUAUGAGAGGAAUACAAUUUGAUGCAUUUAUAGAGUCUUUACAUUUAGAGGAUGAAUUGUUAAGUAAAUUAGUCAGAUUGUGCGAGUUCCGUAGAAAUGGUAUAAAAACAUUACAUUCGGCAAAGUUAUUUAUGUAUUUGAAGAAAGAAAAUGAUUUGACUAUUAAAGAACAAAAGCAAGCCACAACUGUGAUGAUGAAGAAAUUUGAAAGUCAGUCCCCAGUUAAGCACAAGUUAGUUUUUGGUAAUACGGGCAAAAGAUUGAGAACGCAGUCAGUGCCUCUAGAUAUAGUUGAUUUACCAGGAUUCCACCUUCUUUCAGACAGUGAAAGAAUUUUGUGCUCUAAUUUAAGACUUAUACCAAGAAACUACAUCGAUAUUAAAAAUUUAUUAAUAGCCGAAAACAAUAAAUUAGGUUUUUUGAGAUUAUUAGAUGCCCGUCGCAUUCUUAAGAUAGAUGUGAAUAAAACAAGGAAGAUAUAUGAUUUUCUUUUGUCUGAAGGUUUUGUAUGUAAACCC